UACAAGCGUUUGCAUAAAAAAUGAAAUAAAUAAAAGAAUGAGCGACGCAAACGCCAGCGAUCCACUUCAAAAUGGAACAGAUUUACAACAAACAAAUAAAGGCCCCACGCAGUCAACGACAGGAGAAAUGUCACGACCAAACAACUUACAAAGAAUUGCACAAAAGAAAGCUAUGGUUCGGGGAUACCCCAGGAACAAAAAAUUGGAAAAGCUAGCUGUAUAUUCAUCUUGCAAGUCUGAAUCCUGUAAAUGUAAUGGUUGGAAGAAUCCCAAUCCACCACCAACUCCACCGAGAGUGGAUGUGUCACAACCUCUGGCUAGUCUCACAGAUCCAUGUAGGAGUUGUGGACACACAUUAGGUUGCCAUGUGUCACAUUUGGAGAACACUGCUGAGGAGGAAUUAAACAGACUUCUGAGGAUAGUUGUGGAUGUGGAGAAUCUAUUUAUCUGUGUACAUAAAGAGGAGGACUCAGAAACUAAACAAGUCUAUUUCUACUUAUUUAAGUUAUUAAGGAAAUGUAUAUUGAACAUGAGUAACCCUACUAUAGAAGGACCAUUAGGAAACCCACCUUUUGAAAAGCCAAGCAUUGCUAAGGGUGUGACAAAUUUUGUAUUGUAUAAGUUUGGACAUCUUGCACAGAGGGAAUGGCAGACAAUGUAUGAUCUAGCUAAAAUGUUUCUACAUUGUCUGAACCACUGGAAGCUAGAAACACCAACAAGUCGACAACAGCAUGCUGGAUCUGAAGAUAUGGCUACUUACAAAGUUAAUUAUACCAGAUGGUUGUGUUACUGCCAUGUACCAGCUUUCUGUGACAGUCUUCCAAGAUAUGAAACGACAUUGAUAUUUGGUAGAACAUUGUUAAGAUCUGUAUUUCAAACUAUGAGAAGACAACUCCUUGACAAGUUUAGAGCUGAGAAAGAGAAAAUGCCACCAGAGAAGAGGACACUUGUCUUAACACACUUUCCAAGAUUCCUUUCCAUGUUAGAGGAAGAAGUUUAUGGUGCUAACUCACCAAUAUGGGAUGUUGAAUUUUCACAGAAUGCUGCAAACAUGGCAACUUCUCCACCAACCACACCCACCACACCUACACAAGCUACAGGAAUGAGUGGACUAAGUCGCUUCACAACAUCUGGUACCCUGCCGACCCAGUCAGCUUCCGUCGGAGAAACAUUUACUGCCAUCACUUCACCUAGCUCUACACCAGGGAGGAGGUCCUCUAGAUCUGACACAGGCAGUGAAUUAAAGAGAAAAUUAGAGGAAUCUUUUACCAUAGAGGAUGUAAAGAGAAGGAAGAUAGAUGGGGAUGUACUACCUGAAGUAGUGGCUGAGAUUGUGGCUACCAUUACAGAACCUGAAAAAAUGUUAGGACCUGAUUCAUCCAUGUUUCCUGCCCAUGCUGCCAGAGAUGAGGCUGCUAGACAAGAGGAAUCUAAAGGUGUGAUAGAAUUCCAUGUCGUAGGAAACAGUCUGAGUCACAAACCAAAACGACAGACAUUGAUAUGGUUGAUAGGGUUACAGAAUGUCUUCUCACAUCAGUUACCCAGAAUGCCUAAAGAAUAUAUAACAAGACUGGUGUUUGAUCCGAAACAUAAAUGUUUGGCAUUGAUAAAGGAUAUGAAGGUUAUUGGUGGGAUUUGUUUUAGAAUGUUCCCAUCUCAAGGUUUUACAGAAAUUGUAUUCUGUGCGGUCACAUCAAAUGAACAAGUGAAGGGAUAUGGAACACAUAUGAUGAAUCAUUUAAAAGACUACCACCUUAAACACAGUAUUAUACACUUUCUGACUUUUGCUGACGAGUAUGCUAUAGGAUACUUUAAGAAACAGGGAUUUUCCAAGGAGAUAAAGCUUCCAAAAUCGGCAUAUUUAGGUUACAUAAAAGAUUAUGAAGGAGCCACCUUGAUGGGAUGUGAAUUGAAUCCCAAAAUAUGUUAUACAAACUUUUCUAGUGUCAUUAGGAAACAGAAAGAGAUUGUAAAGAAGAUAAUAGAAAGAAAACAGAAACAGAUGGAGAAAGUUUAUCCUGGUCUGAAGUGUUUUAAAGAAGGUGUACGACAGAUUCCUAUAGAAAGUAUACCUGGUUUACAGGAGAUGGGAUGGAAAGCUACACCUGAAGAAAACCCAGAGCCUCCAAUGGACCCUGAGCAGCUGCUAACGUUGUUGAAAACAAUGUUAAAUCAAGUCAGAGCUCAUUCCAGUGCCUGGCCAUUCUUAAAACCUGUGGAGAAAAAUGAAGCCCCAGACUACUAUGACCACAUAAAAUUCCCCAUGGAUUUGAAAACCAUGGGAGAUAGAAUAAAGAAUCGAUACUAUUGUCAUAAGAAAUUAUUCAUGGCAGAUAUGAACAGAAUUUUUACUAAUUGUCGAUCUUACAAUAAACCUGAUACAGAAUAUUAUAAAUGUGCCAAUGUUACCGAAAAAUUCUUCCAAACAAAAUGGAAAGAUGCUGGACUAGGAGAGAAAACAUGAGAGGAAUUUUUUAAUUUAGUUGAUUGAAAAACACAAGAUUUUUAAAAUAAAAUCAAAUCUGAUAUGAACAUGACCAUAUGAUCAGCACACAAGGAAGUAAAUUGUAGAAAACAAAUUAAUUGUUAUUUCUUUUUUCCUGUUAAUAUAUAUCAGUCUCAAACAUUGAUACAGAAGGACAAUGAUCAUGACUAUUUUUCUGGAUCUGCACUAGAUAAAAGUGAAACUAUGACAAUGAUGUUAAAUGAUGUUAUGUUACUGUAUAACUUGUCAAAUAAAAUAAUAGCCUAUGUGG